UCCUCGGUCACACGGUCUUCACUCCAUGUAGUGCGCGCUCGGUCUCCACGGACGCUCCGCUGCCUGUUAUUUCGUUGGAUUAUAUUCUUCUGAUGGUUUUCAACUUCAACUCGAUGUAUAGAAAUGGGUAAACUGCACUCGAAGCAUGCCACUAUUUGUAAACCGAGGGAGAGUCCAGAAGGCGACAGCUUUGUUGUGAAUGCCUGUUUGGCGAAAAAGGGAGUCGACGACUGGCUCGUGAAGCAGAAAUACUACUGCACGAGCUCUCGUCUCGAGCAACAGGACUGUCAUCAUAAGAGUAACUGCGGGCUGACUGCACGGGACUCAUUGGUUGAUGCGUGUGGUGAGGGGAUCAUUGAUGAACACUAUCGUUUAGAAGUGGCUCUACCCCCGGAGAAGACAGACAGCUGCUGCGUGGAGGAGAAGAUGCAGGAGAGGGACAGCCGGUCUCCUGCAGGGCCACAGAAACAGCUCCAGUUUGAAGAACUGGAGUGUGCUGUGUCUGUGGAGGAGGACAACAGACAGGAGUGGACUUUUACCCUCUAUGAUUUUGACAACAAUGGCAAAGUUACUCGAGAGGACAUCACCAGCCUGCUCCACACCAUCUACGAGGUGGUGGACACCUCAGUCAACCACUCUCCUGGCAACAGCAAGACUUUACGGGUCAAGCUCUCCGUCGCUCCAGACUCAAGCCAGCGGUGGAGGAGCUGUGCUCAGGGUGCCACAGACACGUCCCACUCCAGGGAGAAAAAUGACAAGUGCAUCGAUGAUCUCAAGACUGUAGACAAGAAGUCUCGAGCACUCCUCAGGCGCCACCACAGCGACCACCACACCCAGUCUGGCUGUCAGCGGCACUGUGUGGACGAGAACCUGGAACGCAGGAACCACUACUUGGACCUGGCAGGCAUUGAAAACUACACAUCCCGCUUUGGAGCUGGUCCUGCUGCAGAACCAGCAAAGGUAGAGGCUCAGACUCGCUCAACCAACCAGGGCCGUUCUCGCUCACAUGAACCAGAAAACGGACACGCCCACUCACACCACCGCCGGCUGCAGUCAGCUGUGGAUACUCCUGCUGCAGAGAGCCUUCACCCAGCCCGGCCCAGAGGCCAGGACGCCGGGCGGCAUGGCAUUCGCUCUCCGAAGACUCACAGCCGCACACCUCCUGCACAUAACAGUGGAAGGGUGAUGAGGAGUCGAGGAGCCCCGCCACCCCCAGCUCUGCCCUCCCAGACGCCCCCUCAUCAGUCGGCAGCCCCCUACCGCAAACACAAACAGCGAUCCAAGGAGAGCCAAGGCUACCAGGCCUUAGGCUCUCUUGGCUCUCCGGCACCUAUAGUGGAGAAAGAACAGGUCAGGGACCUCCCAAGUGUGUUGCUGUAUGAGGGUGGACUGGCACAAGUGGUGCAGCGGCAUGAACAUCACCACCACCAUGAACACCAUCACCACUACCACCACUUUUACCAGUCCUGAAGCUCUGGCCUGCCUGGGCUGGCUCAGCGCCCCUACAUUGCCACAGAAAACAACCAGGCCAGCAGACUCUGACUGCAGUGCUGCACCUGGCAGCACAGGCACAGGACAUGGGGAGGACAUGAGGGCGACGGCCAGCGUGUGCCAGGACUGGAAUGUUAAGUAACCAGUGCUAUAAAAAUGUUGGUCUGACAUACAGAAGAUUUGGUAUGCAGUAGGAGAGUGAGUAAAAGCCCAUGUUGAGUAGCUGGACUGAAAAUCACACGAAGGCUCAGGAGGCAACCCUGUUCUGAUCCGCUGACCUGUAAACCAUCAGAUCAGCAUCCCAACACUCCCCAGACCACUAAGUCAAAAGGAAGAGGAUGAACACGACGAGGAAGCUGUGACUGUAAUUCAAAAAUAUAUGAAGGAAUAUGGGCGACGAGCAAUUUGUGAAAAAUUUGUGUCUAAAACAGAAUGACGGUGUGCAUACAUCUGAGCGUCACGACACUGGUGUGUGUUGGAAACCACUGAAAGUGUCCUCAGAAUUUAAAGCAAGCUCCCCAGCAGAGUUUUGAAGAAAAUAAAAUAACCCGUAAUACACUGUAGGCAUAAGGGGGAAGGAAAACUUUGAAACAGUAUAAUUUAUCCCAGAUCCGCUUCUACCUCUGUUUUUUAUCCGAAUUGUUGUUCUGAUGGAAACGUUAAACAAGCAUUCAUAUUCAAAAUUACUUUUAAACUUUGUUGAAUGAAGAUAAAUCAUGUCACAAACUGCAGCUCUGAAAACUAGAAAGCCUCCUCUGAUUUAUGAACUAACAUUUGCUGUACAUAAGGUAUUUAUACUGUCAUCGAUUUUAUAAGCUUUAUUCAUGUAUUCAUUGUGGAAACUACAUUUUUAUUAUGACCACUAGGAACUUCAGUAAAACAUGUAAUUGAACCCGGUCUCAGAUUUCCAUUAAUUUCCUCUCUGUUCUAACUUUUACACCUAACUGUAACAGAGUGAUGUCUAUUACUCUACAGUAAUCCAAAAGCCGGGAUGUGGAACCAGUCUGUGGAACCAGUCUUCCAGACUGGUUCCACAGUCUGCGUUUACUGUAAACUUAUUCUGUUAGAGGGUGAAGUUUCCAUCAGUCCAGAUAAAGUUUGACUUAUGUGUCAUUCUCUUUUCUCUUCACAUAUUUUUUUCAUUCAGCAUGCAGAAUGUUGGCAUGCUCAAUAUUGGCAUCCACCCCUGACGCCGUGUCCCGUAAUCUCCUAGCUGCUCCCUCUGUUUCCACCCCAUCAGCCUGUACCACGGCUGUCAGCAGGUCUUUCGCUGCACCGCCAUGUGUCCUCACUGCUCAGCUGACAGAGCUCUGUUUGUGAUGUGGCGGAGCGAUGGCUCUCUCAGCUGUCUCAUUCCUCUGGUGCCGAUUAACCCUGGAGCCCGGCUUGCAGACUCCACCGAGCCCAUAACUCAUAUCUCACUACUACUGCCAUGCUGGCAGUAGGAACAUUCAUCCCGUCCCAGAUGCCCU